AUGCCCGGCUUCGCAGAUUCGUUCUGGUCGGCGGACUAUGCCGCAGGCCUCGGCGUCCUGUUCAGCAAGCUUCAGCAGGGCACCAUCGAAAACCGCCAGAUCUUGACCAUUGCUCGCAUGCGCGCCGACGCCGAAGAUGCAUAUGGCCAACGUCUAGCUGAAAUUGCCCCCGCAGUGGACAAAAUCCAAGGCGGCUUUUCCCGUGACGAUGGCGCCAGCGUGCGCAAGGCCUACGAGGGUGUCCGCACCGAGAUGGAGGAUGCUGCCAAGAACCACAAGAAGAUCGCCCAGAACAUCCGCGAUCUGGUCGUGAACCCUUUCUCGAGAUGGUGCGAUGCCCAUGAAUCCCGUAUUCAAGAUUCCCACGAGGAGCUGCAAGCUCGGAUCAAAGCCCACGACAAGCAGCUCGAGCUUGUGAAGAAGCUCAGGAGCAAUUAUUUCAACAAGUGUCGUCUCGUGGAAGAUCUCGAGGAAGAGAACCAGCUCGCUUUCCAGGAUCCCGAAAGUAGCCCCCAACAGAAGAGCAACAUUCCGUCCAUCAAGGUGGAGGAUCCGGCAGAGGACGAGGACCCCCUUGAGAUCGGCGACGAGACGUACCAACCAGACCAAGUAAAAAAGAUUCUAAAUCAUAUGUUGACCAACAUCAAGAUGGGCGAGCACAAGGUCCCUAUUCUCGGAACCUACCAGAACUGCUCUGCCGGCACAGAUAUCGUUGAGUACAUUCAGCGUCAUAUGGGGAGCACCAGCGUCAGCUAUGCCGAAAGGAUCGGACAGGAUCUGGUCACCCAUGGGUUCCUGCGAUUGGUUGGUAACGUCGGGAAUACGUUCGCCAACAGUUCUAAGAUGUUCUACCAAUGGCGCCCGAAGGCUUGGGAGUGGGCUGGCAUCCCGGAGAAAAAGACCGUGAGCAGGACCUUUUCUCUCCCCAUUACAGGAUCAGACAGCAGCGACUCUCCUGUGGUCGGCACUGUGGCGGAAUACCUAUCGAAGUGGGAUGUCCUUAACACUUCGAGGCCCAACGAGACUCCAGCAGAACGUCUGCGUCGGGAAGCGAGAGAAGCCGAUGAGAAGUACAAGGCUGCCGUCCAGAAGCUGGACGAGAUGCGUUGCGAGCUUGAAGAGGCCAUCUUCUUGCAUCUGAAAUUCCUUGAGCGUUGCGAGCUGGACCGCCUCAAGGCUAUCAAGACCGUUAUCCUGGAUUUCUCAGGGACUAUUAGCAACGUCAUCCCAAGCCUGCAGGCGACUGUUGACAACAUGAUGCUAUACCAGGAGACCGUGUCGCCUCUAGGCGAUCUGCGCUAUCUCCUGGAGAACUAUCGCACCGGCAGCUUCGUCCCUAGGCCUGUCAUUUAUGAGAACUACUACAACAAGAUCGACGACCAAACCUUUGGCGUUGAUCUUGAGGCUCGUGCUAGGGCCGAUAAGAAGCGUGUGCCCAUCAUUAUCACAACCAUUCUUACGUACUUGGACCAUCACUACCCGGAUCUCGAGGGUGAUGAAGCCAGGCGAGGUGUCUGGCUCCAUGAAGUCCCGCUGUCUCAGACGCACAAGCUGAGAGCCAAGGUCAACAACGGGAAGCCGCCUGCUCUUGAGACGUUUGAGGAAUUUGACAUUCCCACGGUUGCCAGUCUGCUGAAGCUCUACCUUCUCGAGCUGCCUGUCUCAUCCCACGUCUAUGAGAUCAUCAGGCAGAUUUACAACACGCCCACGCCAGAUGGCGGUGACGCUGCCCGUAUCCCUAUCCUGCAGCAGACCCUGUCACAGCUUCGGCUGGCCAAUAUUGCGUCUUUGGAUGCCUGCAUGAACCACUUUACACGCUUGAUCGAGCUAACCUCAGCUGACGAGGAGUACAUCUCGAAGCUGGCUACUGUCCUGGCUCCUUGUAUCUUGCGCCCGCGCCAGGAGACGUCGCUCACCAUGGAGGAGAAACAUGCUUACCGCCUGGUUCGCGAUCUAUUUGCGCACAAAGAUGCCAUUUUCAACGAACUGAAGCGUCUGUCAACCUUGAACUCCUCUGGUACCGUCAAGCAGCGGCCACGUGCCAUCUCUACCGACGAGAGCAAUCGUAAGGCGCUUGUGGAGGAACGCAACCGGGCUAUCAUUGAGAAGGCAAGCGGCAGUCGUAGUAGAGCAACGUCGCCCGCGCCCACUCCCCGAACCCCUCAUAGACGCGACAGGAGCAUUGGUGGCCCGGAAAACAGGUUCCCUAUCCAACCAAGCAUCUCCAGCCCGACGACUGAGCACCGCAAGCGCGGCAGUUUGGGGCCUGUCCUGCCCAAGAGAACAAGUCUUGAAGUACCCUCGGACGAUACCAUGGGUUUCAGCCACCCAGCUGAUGGUAAUCUCGGGCCCGCAAACGGCAGCUCGGCCAGCGCUGGGCCUUCUUCGAUUACCGUCCCCGUGCCCAUGCCCGCGCCUGCUACCGACCAACAGCAACAACUACAAUCUGCUCCUGACUCCCUGGCUGAUAAGCGCAGCAGCCUGCCCCGCUCGAUCGCCUCUUCCGAGGGCUUCAUUGAGAAGCGCAACAGCCUUAGCCGCAGCGGCGCCCGGCUUUCAUCUGGCCGUCGCGUAACCCCUGCCGUGUCGUCGGCUACUGCCCGGACGGCAACACCUCCGCCUGGUCACCAGCCACAGGGUGAAUCGCAGCAAGGUCAUACUCAUGGGGUUACGCUUGUGGAUGCACCGAUGGAUUAUUAG